AUGCGGGGCAUCGUCGUUGAGGACCUGAGGUUAGAGCAUGCUCCACGUCGCCCCCUCUAUGGGAUUGGUGAGACAGUGACCGACUGACCGUACAAAUCAACCAACACCCAUAAAUCCCCACACCCGGCCGGGCGGCAAAGCAACGAACCCCCUGGCUUAACAACCGACACCCAAUUGCCUCCCGACAAUGCAAGUCAAAGUCGGAAAGACCACCCACGUGUCCCCCUCCACACCACCCUUCCACCAAGACCAUGUCCUCCCUCUCUCACACCUCGACACCGACCCCAACCUCCGACUCUCCUUCCGUUACCUCCGCGCCUACCUUAACAGUACCUCCACCACUCACCCUAACCCACCCUCUCACGUCAUCUCCACCGUCCUCUCCGCCGCUCUCGUCCACUACUACCCUCUCGCCGCCACUCUUCGCCGCCGCCCGGGUGACCACCGCCUUGAGGUGUUUUGCGCCGCUGGCCAAGCUGUCCCUCUUGUUCACGCCACCGUGGACUGUACGCUUGACUCACUGAACUACCUCGACGACCCGGAUGCGCAUUUUGUGGAGCAGCUGGUUCCCGACCCGAGCCCGGAGGAGGAGGGGCUGGUCAACCCGUGUGUGCUACAGGUCACGGUGUUCAAGUGUGGGGGUUUUACUCUGGGAGCCGCGAUACACCACUCGCUGUGUGAUGGACUCGGCGGGACUCAGUUCUUCAAUGCAAUGGCUGAGUUGGCUCGGGGGGCGAGUCGGCUGUCGGUUGAGCCGGUGUGGGAUAGGGCGAGCUUGUUAGGGCCCAGAGACCCGCCAAAAGUUGAGGUGCCGAUCCAUGAGUUUUUGAGUUUGGAUAAGGAGUUUUUACCGUACAGCCAUGCCAGUCUUGGUCAGGUUGCGAGGGAAUGGUUUCAUGUGAGGGACGAGUGCUUGGACCAUAUCAAGACGUUGCUGUUUGAACGAUCUGGGUUGAGAUUCACCACGUUUGAAGCUUUGGGUGCUUUCAUAUGGCGAGCCAAGGUAAAAGCCUCGGGGGUUCCAGGUGACGAGAAUGUGAAGUUUGCAUACUCCAUCAACAUACGGAAACAGGUAACGCCGGCAUUACCCGCGGGUUAUUGGGGCAACGGUUGCGUUGCAAUGUACGUGAAUCUCAGCGCCAAAGAGGUGGCAGAGAAACCGAUUUGGGAAACGGCGGAGCUGAUCAGAAAGAGCAAAAGCAACGCCACCGAUGAAUACGUUCGAUCAUUCAUUGACUUUCAGGAUCUUCAUUAUGGAGAUGGGAUCACGGCAGGAAAAAGGGUGAGUGGGUUCACAGACUGGCGGCACUUGGGGCACUCGACGGUGGAUUUUGGGUGGGGUGGCCCUGUAACCGUUCUGCCACUUUCAAGGAACCUUCUUGGAAGCGUUGAGCCUUGCUUUUUCUUGCCUUAUUCCUCUGCCAGUGCCGGAAGGAAGGAUGGUUUCAAGGUGUUGGUGACUUUGGAAGAGAGUGCGGUGCCUGCUUUCAGAGAAGAGAUGAGCAAGUUUAGCAGCCCUGAAUUUGGGUGGUCUUGUGAUGCAGCGUGAUGUGGUAGAGUGCAGCGAAGAACAACAAUAAAGCAACGGAUAACUAAUUCUAGAUUAUCUUUAAAAAUAAAUAAUUAAAAAAAAUUGAAGUAGUGUCCGAAUUUGCUCUCAACCUAUGUAGCUGUGUGGGUGAUCUUCAACCAUUUCCGAAGACAUUGAACCACCCCUAUUGCCUUGUGGGAGUGCGGUGCUUCGACUAUCCUUAAUCAUUUUAGAGUCGCUAAAUCACCUCUCAACUAGCAGUCCCUUUUUUUUUUUUUUUUUUUUUUUUUUGUUCUUUUAAAUUUUUUUUUUUACAAGUAAUUUAGACAAUUCAAGUGAAAAAAUGUCACCUGCAUCUGCA